ACCACGAAUUCGAUAUACCGCUUGCCAUCCCGUAUAAUACCAAUUGGACCAACAUACAUAUCACAAUGGCGCGCACACGUUCGAAACCCGCAAAAGCUGCGCCCAAAGAAUCCACGCCCGAACCCACCACCACAGCCAAACCGCUGCCCGCAAGCACAUCGAACCCCCCGAAACUGUUCGUUCUACCAAAAGACACAUCCAAAGACGCGCGCAUAGUCACUCUCGACAAUCCCGCCAACGAAACACCAUCAAGAUACUACUUCUGCCCCCAGAAAGGCUUCUACGAGUUCACGCGCAUCGCAGCGCCAAAGAAAGACUUCAAGAGUUGGUUGAUAACAGGAGAGAAGAGCGAGGAUGACACCACAGAAGAAGCAGACACCUCACGGAUAGGCAGCGGCCACAUCACCAAAUCCGCCGACCUCUUCAUCGCAACACCCAUCGACAUCCUCUUCCUCAUCCUCCCCGCCCUCACGCCAAAGUCAGCAAAAGACACGAAACAGCACUUCCUCGCCUUCGAUGACUACCUUGACACACUCUCAUCUUCUUCGCCACAUUGGAAAACGCUGCUGUCACAAUACCCCACCCUCAAGACUAUGACAGAAACAAAGAUGCGAAGGAUAUGCGACACAGUCGAUGCAGGCGAAGAAUCCAUGUACCGCCUGUCCCACCCCAAGCUUCUCGAAGUGCUCCUCGCGAAGGCAGAACGCAUGGUCAAGAAAGGGCUUCCGCCGUCAAUGGAGGAGAAGUUCAUAAAGACAGCCCUGGAGAUACCUGUCAUGAGCAUAAAACGCGAGGAAAGCACACUGAGCGCCAUUUCAACAACGCCAGACGAUACAUCAGAGAGGGAGAACAGCACAGCAGUAAACUCGCAAACGAGCAUCACAACAACCAUCACAACCCCCGACGACGCCCCCUCAAAACCCACCCUCACAACCCCCACCGAAAUCCCCCACCUCCUCCGCCUCCGCACAUCUCUAACCUACCUCCUCGCGUCCUACACCCCACCAUCCCUGCGCGCCCCUCUACUCGGCCUCCUAUCCGCACGCUUCAUACCCCUCGACACCCACCUCUCGGCCAUCGCAGCUCUGAAGUCCGAAGCGCUAUCCCUGCGCUCCAUCUCAGAUAACAUAUCCCGCAAACGCGCGAUUGAAGAGGACGAAGAGAAGAUCGCUGAGAGGGAAGAGAAGAAGCGGAAGAAGGAGGAUGAGGAAAGGAAGAAAAAGAGUGAGGGGAGGGGGGUUAAGGCGCUGAAGAAGGUGGAUACAAGUGGCAUGAAGAAGAUGAGUAGUUUUUUUAGUGUGAAGCCGAAGGGGAAGUAGGGGGGUUGAGAUGUAGGAGGAGGUAGGAGAUUUGGUGAGGAAGGGAGGUUGGAUUGUCUGUGUACGAUAGUAGGGAAGUUUUGAUGGCGUGUGGUUGAUGCAUUUGAGAGUUGACGAUGAUGAUGAUGAUCAUCAUCAUCUCUAUAGGAAAUCGCAUUCAGUAGUUCUGCGAACGAGCAGCACACCUCAUUUCGAUGUCCACGAUUUGUUUUGCAAAAGCCCUGAAAGAAAGAGCACAACCAAAAUCAUACGUUCU